UGGACCAGAAGACCGGGGAAACAGACGAGGCCUAUCAGGCCCGCAUGUUAGCCUGGAGUACCGAGACAAAGAAGUGGGCAGAUGACGCUGCCGCGGCAGCCGAGAAAAGGGCAGAGGAUGCCGAACAGGCACGUCUGCUGGCCAUGGAACAACAACACCAGCUCGACGAGGCAGCAGCAAGGGCUGCCGAUGAAGAAAGAACACAGCGUCGUGAGAAGAUAUUCACCGGAGAGCGGGCRUUACUUACCAUGGCAGCAGAAUGGCGAAGCAAGGYCGAGAACAACCAGUUGGAGGACAGCGCAAACAAGAUAGCGCUCCUCCUCUCGCAUCUCACGGAUCUCCUGGCAACCUGCAUUACACAGCAGGCGGAGAUCCUUGGUCUCGAGAACUCGGUAACUAACCUCCAAGACCGCCUUCAGCGGGUGGAGCAGCGACCAGUCGCCGUUGCCGACGCAGGCUCUUCCAAUACUGCCGCCUGCCUCACCGCAUUGGAGAUGCACGUCGGCUCCCUCCAGGACGGCGCUGAGUUACAACAGACCGCGACGCAACAAUUGCAGCAGCGGAUCUGCACUACCACCACCACCUCGAGUCCGGAGCCGCGCGAGACAACUCCUAAGUUCGAUGGGCAGGAGAUCUUCCACAACUCAAUCAAGACAGAUCCAAUUCCAUGGUUUCGCAAGUUCGAGCUCACGCUGCAACUCCACAACGUCAAGGAAAACAAGCACCAUGCUUACUUGUGCUCUCGCUCAGGGGGCGCGUGUCAGGCGUGGUUAGACAACUUGUUGUCCAAGUACGGAGUGGUAGCAACGGACUUGCACACCAUGAUCAGCUGGGAUGAUCUGAAGGCAGCGUGGCACAAGCGGUUCCAGGUAAAGCCACCAGAGAUCAAAGCCAUGGACAAGCUUAUGGUCUUCGAGCAAGGCUCGCUGCCGAGUACGGACUGGAUCGCCGAGUACCAACGCUUGACGUCAGUCUCACACAUCCAGAUGGGCUUCAAGGCCAUUCGCCACUACUUCAUCUCAAGGUCAUGUCCGACAUUGAGCAAUGCCCUGGCGCAUGUCGAGGACACCUUGACGACGACGGCGGAACUAUUCGACAAGGCGACGCAGAUCAUCGUUACGAACAAGGAGGCCAAGAGCCUCCGUUCUUCUACGUCAGGCCCGAGCGGAAACCAGCAUCGGCCACGAGUGACCGUGGUCGCAGCUGCAGCGCCGUUAGACCAAACCAGCGAGGCUGCGUCUGCCAGUGAAGGAGACAGAUUCGCAGCCGCCCGGGAAGGUGGCCGCGCCGGCAGAGGCCGAGGGCUGUUUGCCGGACCACGAUGCGCAACACUUAGCGCUCAUCUCCACACUUACCUUUCCUUCUAUGCACCACGAACUUCGCCGACGGAUGACGAAGUCACGGUGGGGGACAUCCUGGCGUAUGUUACCAAGGUGGCCCGCGAGUUUCGCACGCAGCGGUAUGAUAACAACAAUGCACCGCUCAUGUAUGUCCGCAUCCAGGUUGGGCAAGCGUCCUGCAGCGCUUUGCUGGAUAGCGACACGACUCACAACUUCAUGAGCCAGUCUUUUAUGCAAAGAGCUGGCCUUGGCGCUCAGGUUCGGAGGAAGGCAAACCCGACGGCGAUCAAGUUGGCGGAUGGUAAGACGCAGCACCUUCUCGACCGUUACAUCGAGGCCGUACCAGUCUACUUCGCACCUCAUGUAUGCGAACCGGUAACAUUCGAUAUUCUCGACACGGACUUCGACAUCAUUCUGGGAAUGCCUUGGCUCGCAAGUGCGGAUCACACGGUCAACUUCCAUCGGCGGACUCUUAGCGUUCGCGACGCCUUCGCCGCAGAAGUGGCGUGUACGAUUCCUCGACCGCACUCUUCGAUCCGGUGCCAAGUGGUGACGGCCAUAUCAUUCCGGGCGACUUGUGCUUACGAGCAGCCCGAGGAGAUCGGCAUAUGUUUCCUACGGAUCGUCGCGGUAGCCGACUCUUCACCCACGGACUUGUCUUCGGACCCCCGUGUGGUACGGUUGCUAGACGAGUUCGCCGACAUCUUCGAGUCACCUACCGGUGUGGUGCCAGGUCGGCUAAUCUCUCACGAGAUCAUUCUUGAGGCCGGUGUCGCGGCGAUGACCAAUGAGUUCCGUGCAAUGUUGGACCGGUUUGUGCUGGUCUACUUAGACGAUAUUCUCGUCUACAGCCGGACAUUAGAGGAUCAUCUUGGACAUCUUCAACGAGUGUUAGAGACACUCUGUCGUGCCAAGUACAAGGCCAACCGCGACAAGUGCAAAUUUGCCCGGCAAGAGCUUGAAUACUUGGGCCAUUUUGUCACACCGGAGGGCAUCAGUCCGCUAUCGGACAAGAUUCAGGCCGUCCAAGAGUGGCCGGAGCCUCGGAACGUCACGGAUGUCCUCUUGCUCCUCAGUCUUACCGGCUACUAUCAGCGCUUCAUCAAAGGCUACUCCAAGAUCGCAGCCCACUUGAACAAGCUUCAGUGCGAGGAUCGGCUGUUUGACUUUGGAAAGGAGGCGCGGGGAUCAUUCCUCGCUCUCAAAGCCGCGCUAUUGUCUGCCUUCAUCCGCGGUUACCAAGCCGACCCCGAGUUUCGCGACAAGUACGCGAAUUGCUCCUCGCCUAAUCCGGCUCCUUCUCACUACCGGAUCCAGGAGGGGUACUUGCUUGUCCACAUGCGGGGGAAGGACCUUCUUUGCGUACCAAGUGAUCCUCACUUGCGUACACGGCUUCUAGGCGAGUUCCACGACGCUCCCGCCACUGGACAUUUUGGAGUCAAUCGCACGAUUGGCCGACUUCGCCAACGAUUUUGGUGGCCCGGCCUUCUCAGCGACGUCACACGCUAUUGCGAGUCAUGCGAGGUUUGGCAACGCUGCAAAUACCGCAACCAUCGUCCGUACGGCGAGCUACGACCAUUGCCAGUCCCCUUGAGGCGAAGGGAAGUGAUUGACAUAGACAUCACCGGCCCGUUCCCCAAGCACAAGACCGGAGUGGAUGGGAUUCUCACGGUGGUCGACCGACUCACCAAGUUCGCUAUGUUUUUGCCUUGUCGCUAUCAUGCCGAGGCACCGGAGUUGGCCGAGGUUCUGUACGCCGGUUGGAUUCUCACCAAGGGUUACCCCAAGGAGAUCGUCUGCGACCGCGACACUCGGUUCGUGUCCGAUUUUUGGUUGGCGCUCAUCAAGCGAUGGGGCUCAUCUCUCAAGCCCAGUUCAGCUCGCCACCCUCAGACCGAUGGCCAGACGGAGAGGGCGCAUCAGACCGCACAGGUUCUCCUUCGCACUCUCAUCCGCCCCGACCAGAAAGAUUGGGUUGAGUGACUGCCGGACGUUGAGUUGGCCUACAAAUCUUCCAUCCACCCGGCUAUUGGGAUAUCGCCCUUCGAGUUCGAGCACGGCUCG